UCAUCACUUCAUAUUUUUUUCUCUUUUCUGCCACACAUCACCACCCAGCGGUCGCAGCAGCAUUGCAGCAGUAUCAGUUGCAGCACUCUGCUGCUUGCAGUCGACGAAAACCCACAAAAUCAGAACUUCAGAAUAAAACUUCUUUCUAUAAUCCCAAAAGCAAAUUUGAAUAUGUAAAAUUCCAAUUAAUUAAAAGCUCAUAAAAGCUUUGAUUUGAUAUCUAAGAAAAAGACUAAAACUCCAUCACUCCCUAAAAGAAAAGAGGAAAAAAAAAAGGGGUUUUGUCUGUGGUUCUUUUUCAGGGCGUGUCUUGAUGACUCCAACUCUCCUUUUUGUAAUGCCAAUGUUGAAUUUUUAGUCUUUACCUUGAAAACCCAUUCUCUAAAAUGCAGUCAUGAAAUAUCCUCUCCUCCAUAUUUCAUUUCUUGUGCUCAUAAGGCCCAAACCUUUCCCUUACUUCCUUAAAGUUACCAUUUUUUUCUAAGCUUCUUUUCUGGGGGGCACUAAUGGGGGGUUUAAUCGAUCUGAACACAACAGAAGACGAGGAAACGCCAUCAUCUGGUUCUUUAUCCCCUUCUUCAUCUUCAGCUUCCGUGUUAAGUGCUUCUGGCUCUGCUUCAAGUUCUCCCGUUUGUUUAGAACUCUGGCAUGCGUGUGCCGGUCCACUUAUAUCUUUGCCCAAGAGAGGAAGUGUAGUGGUUUACUUCCCUCAGGGCCACUUGCAACAAGUGUCCGAUUUUUCCGGCGUAGCUCCAGCACAUGAUCUCCCUCCUCACGUGUUUUGUCGGGUUGUUGAUGUCAAGCUCCAUGCUGAGGGUGCCACAGAUGAGGUUUACGCUCAAGUUUCACUUGUUCCUGAAAAUGAGAAGUUGAAAGAAGGGAACAUAGAAGUAGAUGGUGAAGAGGAUGCCGAAGCAGAUAUCAAGUCCACCACGCCCCACAUGUUCUGCAAGACUCUUACGGCUUCUGAUACCAGUACACAUGGAGGCUUCUCUGUUCCUCGUCGAGCUGCUGAGGACUGCUUCCCUCCCUUGGAUUAUAAUCAGCAGCGGCCCUCCCAAGAGCUUGUUGCUAAAGACCUGCAUGGCCUGGAAUGGAGAUUUCGACACAUCUAUAGGGGACAACCACGGAGGCAUUUGCUUACAACUGGAUGGAGUGCUUUUGUAAAUAAGAAGAAGCUUGUCUCUGGAGACGCUGUGCUUUUUCUUAGGGGUGAGAAUGGAGAACUGAGGCUGGGAAUCCGAAGAGCUGCUCACAUUAAAAAUGGCACUUCUUUUCAUUCUUUGUGCACCCAGCAGUUGAACCGCAGCAAUUUCGCAGAUGUGGUCCAUGCUAUAUCUAUGAAAAGUGUGUUCAGCAUUUACUACAAUCCAAGCAGGGCCAGUUCAUCAGAGUUCAUAAUACCAGUGCAUAAGUUCUGGAAGAGUCUUGAUCAUUCUUUUUCCGUUGGAAUGAGAUUUAAGAUGCGGUUUGAAUCUGAAGAUGCAGCAGAAGGAAGAUACACAGGAGUUGUAACCGGAAUUAGUGAGAUGGAUCCUGUUAGAUGGUCUGGUUCAAAAUGGAGAUGCCUGCUGGUAAGGUGGGAUGAUAUUGAUGCCAAUAGGCAUAAUAGGGUCUCUCCCUGGGAAAUUGAACCAUCCAGUUCAAUAUCUAGUUCUAACAGCUUGCUCUCUCCUGGUUCUAAAAGGAACAGGGUUGGACUGCCUUCAGGGAAACCUGAAUUUAUGGUUCCUGGAAUUGGAGCAUCAGACUUUGGGGAAUCUUUGCGGUUCCAGAAGGUCUUGCAAGGUCAAGAAAUUUUGGGUUUUAACACUCAUCAUGAUGGUGCUAAUAGUCAGAUAAUGCACCGGUCUGAAAUAAGUCGGCGCUUUCCUUGUUCUAAUGGUUCUGGUAUUGCUGCUAUACGAAAUAUUGGUAGAGACACAUUGGUGAAUCCUGAUAUUUCUUAUAAAGGUGUAGGCUUUGAGGAAUCUUUCAGAUUCCAAAAGGUCUUGCAAGGUCAAGAAACUUCUGUAAGCCCUCCAUGUAGAAGAGGUCCAACUGCAGAUGACACUCGAGAAAGUGACAGUCCUGGUGCUCCUGAUGUUGGUCAGUUGUCAGGAACUAGAAGUGGAUGGUCUUCUUUGAUGCAGAGCUAUAAUACUCAUAGUCAUAUAGGACCAUCUGCACAAGUGUCCUCACCGUCUUCAGUGCUAAAGUUCCAACAUGCAAGCAAUCCAUUUGCAAACGUCAAUCCUAUACAUAACUUGAAUAGCCAGGAAAAGGAGCGAAGAGUUCAUAAAAGUAGUUCUUUUCAUGCUCCCGAAACAUAUGGGGAUAGGAUACCAUCUUCAACUGGUGGACAUGGUUCCCGUAGGAGGCAUCUCGGAAGCCUGGAUUCAUUUGGUCCUUCAGCUGAUACUGUUCAGCUUGGUGAUUCUCAACCUCUGUCAGCACAACCAACAUUUAGGACAAGUCAAGAACUAGCUUCUUCAUGUAAAAGUAGCUGCAGGCUUUUUGGUUUCUCCUUGACUGAGGGAGGACACGAUGCUGCCAAGGAGGACAACAUGGUGCAAGCAACCUCGUCAUUGGGUGCUGGAGCUUUCUUACCUCGCAUUGGGGAACAGUUUAACACACAACCUCCUGCAGUGACAAACACAGUUGGAAGCAGUUAUACCAAAGGAAUCCUGCAACAUUGUCUCAAAAAUUAUGAUGAAGAUGCCACUAAUGAUGACAGAGCAAGAAGAUGCAUGCAUGCCUAUAGUCUGCUUUAGAUGCAUGCGUGUUUGGAUUGCCUCCUCAUCGCCUAAAUUUGAUGAAUUGUAAUUACUUUUAAUGAACUACUUUGUUCUAUCUUUUUAACUGACUUGUGGCUAUUCUUGUAUUAACCUUCAUGCUUAUAUGGUAUCAAUUCUAUAGUAUUACAAUGUUUUAGUUAGUCAA